ACCGAAAAGCCACACAAGGAAGGAGAAGACAUCAGGAGGCUUCCUGCUUGUCAGUUGACUGCGAAAAGGCCGGAAAUUAAGCUUUAACGUUUGGUCUUUUUGAUUCUUUUAGUCGCCUUUAUUUUCCAUUCCCGAAAUGUCGAAGAACGUCAUGUCCGCACGCUUCAGGCGAGUGGACGUGGAUGAGUACGACGAAAACAAAUUUGUAGACGAGGAGGACGGAGGGGAGAACCAGCUGGGUCCCGACGAAGCUGAGGUGGACUCCCUCAUUAGACAAGGAGACAACAUGGCAGCUCUGCAGGCCGUCCUCAAGAACCCACCAAUCAACACCAAGAACCAGAACGUCAAGGACCGUGCCGAGGGUCUGGUGUUGAAGGUGCUGAGCGCCUUUAAGAGCAGCGACAUUGAGAAAGGUGUUCAGUCUUUGGACAAGAAUGGCGUAGACCUACUGAUGAAAUAUAUAUACAAAGGCUUCGAGAGGCCAUCGGAAAACAGCAGCGCUGUCCUCCUGCAGUGGCAUGAAAAGGCGCUGGCCGCUGGAGGAGUGGGCAGUAUUGUGCGAGUGCUGACGGCCAGGAAGACGGUCUAAAUGUGGAGUUUGACAGACACACACAAUGUAACAGAUGACAUGGACUGCAAGAAAAUUCAGAAAGGGCAAGCCGGUGGGACUGUGUCAGAUCAAAUUGCUAGAUAAAAUCUUAUGUGGGUUGCAUUAGGUUCUUAAAGAAUUUGGCACAUUUAUCUUUGCUCUCCAAGUCAUGUUUGUCACAAAGUGCACUCACGCAUCCCCUGUUUCUAGGAGCUCUUCAAAUAGGACUAAUGGCCCUCAAAGUACUUUUUUCCUGUUUUUAAAUACAUGCUUUUUUUUGUCCUGCAAACACAUUCGUGACCAAAUCAUUCAUUGAAUUUUUUUUAAUUGAUGUUGAGCAAAACCUACAAUUUUUGCUUAAUGGACGAGACUAAUAAUAGGUGGGUGAUACAUAUCUCGGCAGUGUGUUUUGGCACACAAACUGUCAAUUUUCAAAAUUAUUCGGAUGUUGCUGACAGGUUUUCCGUACUCGUCGUUUUGCAUAUUUUGUGUGUUCUGUCCCAAAGUUCAAAAUUAAUUCACAUUGAUUUGGUAUUCUCAUCAUUAUCCCAAGCAUUUUGUCUAACCACGGGAAACCUGUUUUUUUUUUUUUUUUGUCUGCCUUAUAAGGUAGAGAGCUCACCUGUUGCCAAAUGAAACAAUUCGAUGUCAUGUCAGUUUAAAUGAAUGCCCUGUGUGGAAAACCCCCAACUGUGUAAGAGCAGCAACCGUUGUCAGAGACAAAUAACAAAUUUCUUCCGCAGUUUUUAUUUUUCCUGCCAAUUUCAAAUCACACAUCGGUGGGUGAAGUUUCCUCAUUGUUCCACCACAGCUUCACUUCAAUUGACAAUUUAAUUAAUUCUCGGAAAUUGAGUCAGAAUAGUUCAAUCUGAACAUCAGUGGUUAUGCAUCCCAAGAUGCUAGAUGUAUUUUCUAAUGCAGUAUAUGCUGUUUUGACAUGAUCAGAAGAACUAUAGAUUGUCUUCUGCUUCAUGUAUUUCUGGUUGCAGGACGAGGAGUCAUGGAAACAAACCAAACUGAUGUAAAAAAAAACUGCCUUACAAAAUAUUCCUUUUUUUAUGUUUGUGCUUUUUUGGACAAAAAAAUAAAUGUUAUGAAUGCUG